AUGGUCGAUAAGGUAGCGCUCGCUUCGCAGUACAUCAAGGCUCGCCUUGCUGAGGACAACGACACCGUCCUCUCGCUCGUUACGGAUGACAUUGUCCUCGUCAGCCAGAGGGAUGGCACCCAUGAGGGCAAGGAGGCUUUCACCAAGUACCUCAAGUCGGUGAAGCCCACUGGCAAGUGGCAGGACCCCGUCCUGGAGGGCGACCAGGUCGUCAUCAAGGGCACCGUCACCGUCAUAUUCAUCAACUGGAGCGUGGCCUCUUUCCUCGACUUCAACGACGACGGCAAGAUCACCAAGAUCGAGAUCAAGAGGGUGUAA